AUGACAAGAAUGAACUUGAUGUUGGUAUACGACCUCUUUCUUAUCCAAUAUCUGCUGAGGAUACAGCAAAUGCAUCCACUGAGAUUGAGAAGUGGAACUGUAGCAAGCAACCUUAGUGAUUAUUCUGGGAUACUAGUUUUGGCAACGCACACUUUUGCUGCUUGUUAUGUGCAAGCUGCUGGUGCGAUUGGACAUUUGUGGUACUAUUUGGCCAUAAAAAGACUGACUGCAUGCUGGGAGGAAGCUUGCAUAAAUCACACUACUGGAUGUGGCUCCUUUUAUUGUCAUGAUGGAUUAGUAAACAACACAUUUCUAAAUGAGUUUUGCCCCACAAAGACACUCAAUACUACGAUCUACGAUUUUGGAAUAUUCUUCGAUGCUCUUAAGUCUGGUAUUGUGGAUGUUACAACCAGCCAAAAAAAGCGUAAAAGGUACGCUUUUCGAUGGGGUGUGCAAAAUCUCAGCGCUUUUGGCCAGGGCCUCCAGACAAGUCCGGAGUUAUGGGAAAAUCUUUUCGUCGUUCAUAUUACCUGCUUCGGUGUAUUGUUUCUUGUCUACCUUACUGGGCAUUUCCAGUCUACGGCAGACUAUGCACGCACAGGAUUAUUAAAGAUGGAAUUGAAGAAUCAGAAGAUAAUGCAAUGGCUGCCCUUCAGAAGGAUCUCUAAGAAUCUCCAAAGGCAGAUUGAGAAACAACCGCCAAACAAUUGGGAACUGAUCAAUGGUGUAAAUGUAGAAAAUUUGCUCAAUAAUCUUUCCAAGGACCUCAAAGGCGACAUAAAACGCGAACUCUGCUUAGACCUUCUAAAAAAAGUGGAUGAGUUUGAAAACUGGAAUGAGAUAACUUUGUAUGAGCUAUGUGAUUGUUUGAGGCCAGCUUUCUAUGAUAAGCGGACUCGCAUUGUUCGGGAGGGAGACCCAAUUGAUGAGAUGAUCUUUGUGCUGCAAGGCAACUUAUGGACCUACAGCUCCAGUGGCACUGCAACUACCCAUCAGAGUGAAAAUGAAUUUUUUGAAGAGGGUGAUUUCUUUGGGGGAGAACUCGUUGCUUGGGCUAGAGAUGAUGCUUCACCCUCCAACCUCCCCAUCUCAACCAGAACCCUUCAGGCCGUUACCGAUGUCGAAGUCUUUGUUCUUAUGGCCUAUGACCUGAGAAAAAUAUUCAUAACGCAUCAUCAGGAGCAUGUUUCAGGCAAUCUUUCUCUCGUUUCAUCUGAUCAGCAGCAAAGAGAGCCUGAGAUCACUGUAGAGGAACAAUAAAUUGGUAAGGUGUCUGCUAUGCAUUUCGAAAGAGUGAAGGCAACAAGAAUAUAUAUAUAUACAUGUUUAAUGUUGCUUUUAGUUUUGCACCAGAAAUACAUGAAGAUUUCCUUUAGAUAUCUUGCUUUAUGACAUGGGGUUGGUAUGAACUUGUGAGGAAAAAAAAUUCUCAAAAAUUUUAUA